UUGACUGCCUUAUGCUUUAUUGCUGUUUACAUAUUUUUUAUGGUUCUUUAUUAUUUUUUUAUACAUUUUCCUCUGCUAUGACCAACAUUGACGCAUUUUGUUUAUUUGGGGCUAACAUUUUUGAAAACUUUCCGUUCCAAUAGUGUAGUUACGAUCGAUAUAAUUAUAGUAUGUAGGUGUAGCAUGGGAUUAGGACUAGUCGAUUUUGUAGUCAAUCAAAGGCACGCGUGUCGUGAAAAAAGGAUCGUAACCCUCCCAGCUGGGUACCGAGUACCACCGGGUGUUUAGUGACUAGUAGCGUUACGGCGGUUUCGGUUGUCCGCGGCGGCAAUAAUUUUCAAUAUUUCCGAUCCGCGGGUUUUUCCUUCCGUUCCGACAUACACCGUGCUCACUGCAGGCUGUAGCUCUCUGACCGCUGCCCCGUUCCUCGUUCGUUCGGCAGUAUAGUACUAUAGUACGUUCCCGGUCGGUUCUCCGCCACUUCCUUUUUCCUGCGCUACGUCAUAGAAAUUCGUGAUCACGUGACCGGCAGCGCCAUCUUGCUUGAUUUUGGUAUUUUUGUUGGCUCCCUGUUGGUAAUGCUCUGAUCGCUCGGCUCUACUACUAUUUCAUACGGCGGGCAACGUUACUUACUAUAUCUAUAUCGUACCAGUGUACUACAACUACUACAACUACCAAAAGGCUUUCCCCCAGUUUGCGUGACGUGUGGCUUUGUGUUUGUGUGCGUACGUACUUGUAAUAACGUCUUGCACCCGUUAGGACAGACGUUAAUCGACAUCGUGAAGUUUUCGUUUUUUAAUAUUUAUAUCAUAUAUAGAGGUACCUACCUGAGGUAUUGUAUUUUUUUUUUAAAUUUUUUUUUACCGUUCAAGAGAUAGUGUUUGUUGUUAUUACAAAAGGUGCGUGACAAUGAUUUCCGCGAUCGUCGAUCCGUACGCGCGCGUUUAUUCGAAAACAAAAAUGUGAUUUGAGUUACGACAAACGCUACAGUACAUGAAGCGAACAGCAGUGCGUCGUCAUCGGUCCUCUCGCCGCUGCGGCCUCGUUCGUGCGGCGCGUAAACAACUCCGUCGGAUAACAACCGCCACACGGAGGGCCACUUUACCCCUUCGUCGUUCAUAUAUUUAAUACACCUCUCCUCCAUCGAUCGAUCGGCGAUCGCAUUAUAACAUUCAUUUUCAUUCGCUUAACUAUUCAAUGAAAUGGCAGACACAGAAAUUGAACAAAUAACUGAAACGGAUUUAAGUGUCAAAUUAAAUGGUAAUAUUCGUGAAAAUACUGAACAGCUUAAACAAUCGAUUGAUUCACAAAAAACCAAUAAAAUGAUUGAUAAGAAUGAACAGAACCAUGGUUCUAGUUUAAAUUCUGAUAAAAGUCUUAUAGAAAGUAGAAAAUCUUUAUCGAAUUGUAGUAAUAACGGUGAAGAUGAUUACUGUGAAAUAAAUGAUGAAGAUAAUGAUAGUGAAGAUGAACAUCAAAUUAAUAAUACAGACUGUAAAUCAGAUAAUAGUAUUAUAGAAGAUGAUCAGACUCUUGACAGUGAAAAUGCAACUAUAAAUAGUGACGAUUUGUGUGAUCCAGAAAACAGUUAUAAUGGUACCAAAGAAAUAAAUAGCAAUGACAAUGAAGAACAAAUGGAAGUCGAUGAUACAGUCGAUGAACAAAAAACAGAAGAUGAUGAACAAAUGGAUGAUGAAGAUGAAGAUGACGACGAAGAAGAUGAAAUAAUUGAUCAAAACGAUACUGAAAGUAGGUCAAAUGAGAUAAAAAAAUCAUUAGAAGAUUCUAGAAUUAAUCUUGAUAAAUCUGUGACUAUAGUUAAAGUUCCAGAUCCAAAGCAAAAUUCUGGUAGUAGUGGUAAAAAAAAAAUGAAAAGUUUACCUGACAUAACUUUAACUCCACGUAGAAGUACACGGAAUUUAAACAAACUCAAAAGUUUUAGUGAUAAAGACGAAGAGAAGAAAGAUAGUGUAAUAGUAGAUGACAACACUAAAAUUUUACCUCAGAAAUCACCAAUGAUAACCAAACCAAUUGUUGUUAAUGACACUAAAAAAUUGGUGGAAAUAGCUGCUGGAACAAAACAAAAAAGUAAUAAAAAAGAACCGACCUUAGUUAUCAUUGAUACUAACAUGUUAACAGGACGAAGUAACUUACCUAUUGCGGUGUCUGUGCAAUCAAAUACUCCAAAUAAUGCAAUGAAUGUCACUCAAACCGUUAGUAAAUCGAUUCAAAAUUCCUAUAAUCGAGUACAACACUCGCAAACUACAAUCAAGCCUUUCAUAUUAACUACUACACCAACUCCUGUUACAGUACCUACAAAUGUUCCGAAACCUCCAAUUAUAUUACCAACGCUAACUGAUGAUAUGUUUGUUGUUGAAGCUCCGUCUUUUAUUGUGCCUUAUGUCUAUGAAAAGCCACCAAAAAAACCAUUAAAAGAAUUUGUUGAAAAAAUCGUAAAAAUAAAAGUUGCUAAAGAAGAUGAAGACGAAAAUCAAUGUGAUGAAUCUUUAGAUAAGAAAAACGAAAAUAACCAGAAAGAAAAGAGUAAUAAAAAAUCGGAAACUAAUGAAAAUAUGGAUGUUGAUGAGUCAGAAAAUGAAGUGUCUGGUUGCGAAAAAAAAACAGAUGGUUGUAAAGAAAAUAGUCCUAAAAAUAAUGAAAAUGGUGAUGAGAAAAUGUUAGAUGAAUCAGAAAGUACUAAAAAAGAUGAUUCAAUUUCCAAAAAUUUGUCUGAAUCAACAGAUUUAAAAAAAAGCAAUAGCAUUACCGAUCUCACUGUUGACUCUGAUGAAAAGAAAACUGAUGUUGUUAAACCAAAGAUUCAAAGUCCCAACUACUUUGAAAAUCCAUUAGGUAAGUUUUUCAUGCAAAUAGGUGUAAACCUUGUUCAAGAGCAUGUUCAACUUGAUCUAUUACGUACUCAGAGAAGAAAAAGAGAUCGCGAAGGUGAUAAAUGUCCCCAAGAAGUUCACAUGGCUAUUAGUUCUUUAAUUAAAACUUUAGAGUUUAGUAAAGAGAAUAAUGAUCCAUUCCAAUUUGGUUUAAAAAAAUGUGAACUAUGUAAUUUUAAAUCCGAAUCAAGUUUAGUAAUGGCUCAUCAUUUAGAGACUCCACAUAUGACAGCCAAUUACUGCUAUAGAUGUAAUUUUUGUACUUUCCAAGUACGCAGUCCUCAUGAAAUAUUACAACACAUGGAUACACAUAAUAUUAGAGGGCGCUUAGAAAGAGGUCCAGCUUUACAUCAAUGUCCAAGUUGUCCAUUUGAAGAUAGUUAUAAGGGUAAAUUAACAAGACAUUUGAUUUCUUGUUCGAAAAAAUAUCGACCGGAAAUCAAUCAGGCACCUCCAUUAGAUUGGGAACCUCCAGCAAAAAUACCCAGGGUAUUGCGAAAUAAACCUUCAAUGAGUCCUGGUAAUGCUGUUUACCAAGCAGCUAUGUCUGGAUUUAAACAAUUUCCCAAUCCUAAUAUGUUGCAAUUACAACAGCAACAAUAUAAUAAAAUGGUUCUUGCUUCUGGUGUUAGAGCUCGUGGCCGUACUGUUUUACCAGGACAGCGGUUUCCAGGAAUGGUGCCUUCCUUUCCAACUACACUGCCAAAUCAAACUUCUGGAGGAAUUUUGCUUAAGAAUACUAGUAUCAAACCAAUCAAUCAACCAAUUAUUGUCCCUACAUCAUAUUCAAUGAGCAAUCACACAUAUCAGCAAAAUUCAAAUAGUAGUAAAUCUGUUCAACAGCCAAGUAUAUCUAUAACACCUCUGCCUCGAUCAUUUCCAUCAAAUAGCACACAGUCAGCUUUUGUGUCUACCAUAUCUAAAUCCAAGCCCCAACAAACUCAGUCGUCAUCCACUUCAACUAAUAGUAGCAACAAACCAACUUUUGUAAUAUGUGAAAUAUGUGAUGGCUACAUUAAAGACCUAGAACAAUUGCGUAACCAUAUGCAGUGGAUACAUAAAGUGAAAAUUCAUCCAAAGAUGAUUUAUAAUCGACCACCGCUUAACUGUCAAAAGUGUCAGUUUAGAUUUUUUACUGAUCAAGGUCUUGAAAGACAUUUACUAGGAUCACAUGGUUUGGUCACAUCUAGUAUGCAGGAAGCUGCUAACAAGGGCAAAGAUGGUGGAAGAUGUCCAGUAUGUGGUAGAGUUUAUCAAUGGAAGUUGUUAAACCAUGUAAGCCGUGACCACUCUAUAUCAUUAAAGCCAGCGCAUUUAUCUUACAAAUGUACUGUUUGCACUGCAACAUUUGGCAUGUAUAAACAGUUUGAAAACCAUGUAUAUUCAGCACACAGUAAUGUAGCUAAAAACUCGAACAAGAAACCUCUUGGUAAUCAACCUAUAGCUUCUUCGUCUUCUUCAUCAACUUCUAUAACAUCUUCGCCAAAGCCAUUAAAAAUAAAUGACGAAAUUACCAUAAUACCACAACCACCUAAGAUUCAAAAUUUGUCUGUUAAAAGUAGUAAUAGUAAUAAACAAGUUACAUCAGCUGGAAAACAAAGUUCAACUCUGACAGCAAAGGCCAAAGUGUAAAUGAAAAAUAAUAUGAAGAUAUUUGAUUUUUAGUUUUGAAGAACACAAAAAAUAUCAAAGAUUGUUGGCUUACCCAGUUUACUCAAGAUAUUUUUAAUUUUGUUAACAUAUUAUCAGGUCACAAGAAUGACAGGUAACAUAAUUCUAUUCGAAUUUAAGAAUUCGCCAAUUAUAAUUUUUAUAAAUAUAAUGAAUAUUAUUAUUGUUGAUUUCAAAAUUGUAUUCUGUUUUUUGAUUACGACGAACAGUGUGUAGACUUAUAUUUAAUUAUAUUUUACCGAAAUGUAAUCUAUGAAUAUACAAUUUGUUAUAAAUAUUACUAAUUAGAAAUAAUUUUAUAUUAACGUUAUUCCCAGAAUAUUAUGUAUAUUGUACCAUCUAUCCAUGACUGUAAAUAACAGUAUGUUUAUUUUCUCAGUGGAGGUGUAUCUAUUAUUUUUGUAUAUCAAACAAUCAAUUACACACUUUAUUUAAGUUGUUCCCAUCCUUUA